AUGGGAAGAUUUGGGCAAGUUUUGGGAAUUCUAUUAGUGCUGGCGACGAACUUCUGGGUAUCUGCGGGAAUAUUUCAAAUUGGUGAACUGCGGAGGAUGUGCACAAAUAUGAGCGACAAAUGGCAGUUGAAGUUGAUUGAACGGGAAAAAGAUACCCCACGGGAAGUGAUCCAGUACAAAAUUACCCGAAUUUUAAUGGAACUACCCGAGGACGUUCAGGAUGUCUAUAAGAAGUUGUUGCUGGCUGAGAGAGCUAGACAAGAUGCCGACUUUGACGUGGAUAUGAUCGUGUUGAAGAAUAGAGGAGCCUCGGAGCAUCUGCUCGAUGCAAUGGAGGCAAUACGAAAUAUCACAUUGGAUAUGAGUCUGUCGUUGCGUGACGAAAGAAAAGAGAUCAAAAUGAUAAAGAGGUCGUUGAAUAAAGAGGAUCAGGAAAUUCUGCAGAAGUGCUCCACAGAGGAUAUCGCAUCCCAUUGA